AUGAGAAUAGUUCUGCUCCAAUCAGCCAAGAUGAACCUCAUGGACAUCACCAAGAUCUUCUCCCUCCUGCAGCCCGACAAGGAGGAGGAGGACACCGACACGAGGGAGAAGCAUGCUCUCAAUCAAGCAGUGUAUGACAAUGACUCCUAUACCUUGGACCAGCUUUUGCGCCAGGAGCGUUACAAACGUUUCAUCAACAGUAGGAGUGGCUGGGGCGUUCCUGGGACACCCUUGCGCUUGGCUGCUUCUUAUGGCCACCUUAGCUGUUUGCAGGUCCUCCUGGCACAUGGUGCUGAUGUUGACAGCUUGGAUGUCAAGGCACAGACACCACUUUUUACUGCUGUCAGUCAUGGCCAUCUGGACUGCGUGCGUGUGCUUUUAGAAGCUGGUGCCUGUCCUGGUGGUAGCAUCUACAACAACUGUUCUCCUGUGCUCACAGCUGCCCGUGAUGGUGCUGUUGCCAUCCUGCAGGAGCUCCUGGGCCAUGGUGCAGAAGCCAACGUCAAGGCUAAACUACCAGUCUGGGCAUCAAACAUAGCUUCAUGUUCUGGACCCCUCUAUUUGGCCGCAGUCUAUGGGCACCUUGACUGUUUCCGCCUACUUUUGCUGUAUGGGGCAGACCCCAACUACAACUGCACUGACCAGCACCUAUUGGCUCGUGUCCCACAGCCUCGCACCCUCAUUGAAAUCUGCCUUCACCAUAAUUGUGAGCCAGAGUACAUCCAGCUUUUAAUUGACUUUGGUGCUAACGUCUACCUUCCAUCUGUCUCCCUGGACCUGAACUCACAAGAUGAUAAAGGCACUGCAUUGCUGCUACAGGCCCGAGCCACUCCACGGUCACUACUAUCACAGGCCCGUUUAGUUAUCCGCAGAACCUUACGCCAGGCCAGCCAGCCACAAGCCAUAAACCAGCUGGAUAUUCCCCCCAUGUUGAUUAGUUACCUCAAACACCAACUGUAA